AUGACGCGCGUUAUCUCGACAAUUCAUUGCGAUACAGAUGCAGCAUCCUCCUCUUUGACUGGCUCCGCCUUAAAAAGCGUUCGCAGUGUGGUUGCAGCGCCCGAGAACGAGAUGAAGCGAUGGAGAAGGAUUUUUGAAGCUAAUGCAAAGGUCGUGAUCGAUGGCGAGAAAUAUCUCGACCCCGACAGCUUUGUCAAUGCUAUCGCUCCGAAGAGCGAUUCGACUAAAAUAGGUCGUGCACAAUUCUCGAUCCUUUUUCGCGUUGCCGACUCCUCGAAGCGGGGUUUGGUUUCUUGGGACGAUUUCACAGUCUUCGAGACACUUCUUAAACGUCCCGACGCAGACUAUUGGAUAGCCUUUCAGUAUUUCGACGUGGAUAGCUCGGGCACCAUAACUUUUGAUGAGUUUAAAAAUGUGUUCUUGGCCAACGUUGGGCCAUCUGCCAUUCCUUUUGACUUUGACUGUGAUUGGGUUAAGUUAUAUCUUGGGCGCAAAAACGGCACACACGUUCUUGGAUACAAUGAGUUUACUCAGCUUAUGAAGGGCCUUCAGGGAGAGCGUCUCCGACAGGCCUUUAAAUAUCUCGACAAGGAUCAAGAUGGAUUCAUUAGACCUGAGGAAUUCAAACAAAUUAUUUUGGAAAUUGCUGGCCAUAAACUAUCUGAUGCAGUCAUUGAACGUCUACCUACACUAUGCACGCUCACUCCCAGUGGGCGCAUAUCUUAUUCUGAGGUCGUUGCAUUCCAAAAUGUUAUUCGAGAGAUGGACAUGGUGGAGCGUAUUUUACGCGAGGCCACCGCAAAGUCAAAGGAUGGACGCAUUGACCAGUCUGACUUCCUUAAUCACUCUGCUGCGAUAUCGCGCUACGCUCUUUUCACGCCCAUGGAAGCGUCUAUCAUUUUUCACUUUGCGGGUCGAGGUAGCCGCGAGAAGAGGCUUGCUUUGUUGGACUUUGCUCAACUCUUGGAUCCCCAAUGGAGAUCUCCACACGAGGAAUUCGUAUCCAAGGAAGUCAGCUCGAAGGCAUCCGUGUUACAAGGAGUACUGCAGUCUGCCUACAGCUUUGUUCAAGGAGGAAUCGCAGGGGCUCUUGGCGCCACUAUCGUCUACCCUAUCGACAUGGGUAAGAUGCAAAAUCAGCGGAGUACAGUAGUCGGUCAGAUGCUGUACAAGAAUAGCAUCGACUGUGCUCAGAAAAUAUUCCGCAACGAAGGUCUCAUGGGUUUCUACCGUGGCCUUGGUCCACAGUUGAUUGGUGUUGCUCCGGAGAAAGCUAUUAAGCUUACUGUUAAUGACCUUGUUCGCGGUCGCGCCAUGGAUCCAGAGACAGGUCGCAUCAAGCUUGGUUGGGAGCUGGUAGCUGGUGGAACGGCUGGUGGUUGUCAAGUGAUCUUUACCAAUCCCCUAGAAAUUGUUAAGAUUCGUCUCCAAAUACAGGGAGAAGCUGCGAAGCUGGAAGGAGCAGUUAAAAAUGGUGCUGUCCACAUCGUACGCCAACUGGGUGUAGUCGGUUUGUAUAAAGGGGCCAGUGCCUGCUUGCUUCGCGAUAUCCCGUUCUCGGCCAUCUAUUUCACAGCAUAUUCCCACCUUAAAAAGGAUGUCUUCCAUGAAGGCUACAACGGAAAGCAAUUGUCAUUCCUGGAGACGUUGGGUGCAGCGGCCGUUGCUGGCAUGCCAGCAGCCUACCUAACAACUCCUGCUGAUGUGGUGAAGACUCGCCUGCAGGUUGAGGCACGACAAGGUCAGACCCACUACAAAGGUCUUACAGAUGCAUUUGUCAAGAUCAAUAAGGAAGAAGGUUUCAAGGCAUUGUUCAAGGGAGGACCGGCGCGUAUCCUCAGAAGUAGCCCACAGUUUGGCUUCACCCUGCUUGCAUAUGAAUACUUGCAAAAGUACCCAUGGCAGGAGAACAAACCCGAAGUCAAGACCGCUCUGACAACACCGAAGCGGGAUGAGAUGUCUCAAAUCCGUGCUAGGAACGCCCUCAAAAUACUACUAGAUGUCCAUGGUGACUUUGGGAGGCGUGCGGCCAAUUUCUCUCAUCCCCUCGUGAAACCGGCACCCCCAACAACCUCACCAUCGAAAACAGCAUGA